CCCGCUGCAGCCCAGACCCGCCGGGCCCGGGACGGCGGCCCCGCGCUGGGGCCCGGCAGCAGCCCAGACGCCCGACUGGAAGGUUGAUGGUGCCUUGGUCAGUGGCAUCCCCGGAAGAAGAUGGCUCAGCCUGCACCCCUGAAACAAAACCUCCCAGAUCUCGGUGGCCCAUUCUUAUACCGGGACCAGGAUGAUGGGGAGAAGAGCUCAUAUUCUGUGGAAACCCCUUACGGCUUCCUCCUGGACCUGGAUUUCCUGAAGUACGUCGAUGACAUCCAAAGCGGCCAAACGCUGAAGAAAGUGCCACUGCCCCGCAGAGCCAGAGGGAACCGGCACCCACCCAGCGCCCUGCGCAGCCCCAGCAGCCACACCAGUGCCUGGACCUCCACCGAGUCCCUGGUCUCCACCACCAGCGAGGAGGGCAGGACCACGCUGCUGCUGCUGUCCCCUCAGGGCCGCCCGUCCUCGGAGCCCCUCAGCAAACCCACCUCCCACCCCAUCUCCCCCCCUCUGCAGCUGCUCCCGCCUCCCACCCGCAGGUGCCGCGGGCAAAACCCACGGGUGGAGAAGACCUUGCUGGAGACAAGCAGGAGGCUGGAGCAGGAGCAGGGCCAUUUGCAGGGGCUCGGUGGUUCCUCCCGUGGCACCCCGGGUCAGCCGCCUCCCUGGGUGCUGUCGGGUGCUGAGGGGUGGGGACGGGCCAGCCCCAGCAGCUCGGGACGCAGCACGCCCGCAGCAGGGUUGGGUGCUGCCUCUCUGCAGCAGGUGAGGGAGCAGAUGGCUGCAGCCCUGCGCCAGCUCCGGGAGCUGGAGGAGCAGGUGAAAACCAUCCCCCUCCUGGAGACGCAGAUCUGCGAGCUGAAGAAGGAGAAGGCAAAGUUGAUGGAGAAGUUGUCGGGGGAACCCGACGAGGCUUUUGGCCACCCUCAUGGCUCCGAGGCAGCAGCGGGGAGUGAGGAGCUGCAGCGAGGGGGGACGGAGAGCGAAGCGGAGCCGGCAAAGGGGAGACCGAGCAAGAUCGUGGAGCUGAGGAAGCUGACGGAGAAGCUGGCGGUGGCAGAGAGGGGCGGCAGGGCUUGGCAGGGCAGGAACCCCAGGGCUGCCGAGAGGCCGUGCCGCUCCGUGGCGGUGGGCGAGGACCGGGCCAUGAGCGAUGGGGUCUUCUACUACCGGUCCCAGCAGGAGGUGAGGGGUGGCGGGGAGAGGGAACGCAGGGAUGCGGCCGUCUGGGUGCUGGAGUCCUCCCUGGGGCUGGAGACGGAGGCAGAGCGGGAAGUGGAGCUGCUGCAGCAGACGGUGGGGCAGCAGAAGGAGGUGAUCGCCCUGCUGGAGGGGCACCUGCAGGAGGCCACGCGGGAGCUGGAGGAGCUGCGGCUGGAGGUCUGCGCCCGGCAGCCCUGUGGGCGGGUGGACAAGGAGGUGACAGCCAGGCCGCAGGUGGCGGAGGCGGCGGUGGAGGCGGCAGUGGUGAUGUGGAGCCGAGCAGCCGGUGACAGCCCGGAGACGGCAGAGGCAGGUGUGGAGUGCUGCCCAUCCACCACCUGCGUGGGGGUGAGCUGCCACCCCGACGGCAGGGACGUGGCUGUCGGCCCUGAUGUGGCCACCAGGCGUGAAGACAAGGGCAGCCAGACCGAGGUGGGCAGCGCUGUCCCGGCCGGCAAGGACACGGAGCCUGGCACGGGGCAGGAGAUGGAGCCCAGCACAGGCAGUGCCCCGAGCAGCCCAGUGACACAGGGGGCAGAAGCAAUGGUGGGGACGUGCCGUGGCAGCCAAGCCCCUGGGACAGCCCUGCCAGAGACCAGUGGCCAGGACCUGUCUGCCUUGAGGGAUGGUGGAGGUGCCCCAAGCCCUGCAGGUGGAGCCCUGAAGUCCAUCAUGAAGAAGCGGGAUGGUGUCCCCCGGGGCGAGGCUGAGGGCAGCAAGAAGAGUCUGCAGUUUGUUGGAGUGCUGAACGGGGAGUACGAGAGCACAUCCAGCGAGGAGGAAGAGGAGGAGAGGGAGGAAGGAGACAGCUCCUCUGAAAAGGCUUCACCCAACAGCUCCGACAGCGAGAAGCAGGGGGGCAGUGAAACCUCAGAUGAGGAGGCUGGGACAGGGGAGUGUGACCCAGGAGAGAAGGCUGAGGGGGCUGGUGUGACCCUGCCAGAGUCCCCUGAGGUGAAGGAGAAGUUCGAGCUGAGCCCCAGGAUGCGGGAGGCUUGUCUCAUCGUCAGGACCCAUCUGGGCCACCCUGGGGCCACCAAGAGCAAGGAGGUGCUCGCCAGCAGCAGCCUGGUCCUGCAGGAGUGGUUCCGUCUGUCCAGCCAGAAGUCCUCUGUCCCUGAAACUGUUGCCAACCACCUCCUGGCCUUUGCUGAGGUCUCACCAGCUCUCCUCACCCACGUGGUGAACCUGGCAGAUGGGAAUGGCAACACAGCCCUGCACUACAGUGUCUCCCACUCCAACUUCCACAUCGUGCAGCUGCUGCUGGACACAGGGGUCUGCAAUGUGGACCACCAGAACAAAGCUGGCUACACGGCUCUCAUGCUGGCAGCGCUGGCGGCCGUCGAGCAGGAGGAGGACAUGAACGUGGUCAAAAGACUCUUCAGCAUGGGCAAUGUCAAUGCCAAGGCCAGCCAGGCUGGGCAGACGGCGCUGAUGUUGGCCGUCAGCCACGGCCGGCAGGAGAUGGUGGAAGCUCUGCUCGCCUGCGGGGCCGACGUCAACCUGCAGGAUGAGGAGGGAUCCACAGCCCUGAUGUGUGCCUGCGAGCACGGCCGUCUGGAGACCGUGAAGCUGCUGCUGGCCCAACCCACCUGCAACGUCUCCAUCGUGGACAGCGAUGGGAACAAUGCUGUUGCCAUCGCUCUGGAGGCCGGGCACAGCAACAUUGCCAUGCUCCUCUACACCCAUCUCAAUGGCACCAAGGCACAGCUGCCUCAGGGGAUGUCACCAACAGCUACAAAGAGCCCCGGGAGCCCCAAAAAACCAGAGUGACCUUGGGAUCCAGCCAGAGGCCAGCUGUGUGCCAGCCAGCCACCAUCAGCACGGGGCUGUAAUUUAUGUCCCCCCUCCUCUCCCUGUGCUGAAUCGCUCCCUGCAGCUGCUUUAAUCCUCCUGUCAGGAGAGCAGGAGCCUUCCCUGGGAUCAUCCAUUGCUCAUCACUGCUGGAAGUAGCCCACACCUCUGGUGGCAGAGGACCAAAAGCACCAAGUGACCUGGGGGUGCCAGAAGCCAGCCCCAUCCCCCUACUCCCCACCACGACUCCUGGAGCUGUGCUGCUUCGGAGCCCUCUGCAGGUCACUGGAACAGCAGAAAUGGCUCCUGCUUUCUGCCUGUUCCUCAGCCCUGGGGGAGGCUGCAGAGCUGGUGAGAGGGAGCCCCUGGAGCCCCUGUGCUGUGGUGCUGGGGAGCAGUGCUCAGCAGACCAGGGGACACAGCCCAGCUGGGUUUAACACUGCCUCAGAUGUGGGCUGGGAACACUUCCAGACUGAAAUACUUGCCCUUCUUUUCUGGCAUUUCCUUUCCUGGCUGAAAUCGGAAUUUUUUUUUUUCUAGUACACGCACACAAAGUUUAAAAGAAAAAAAAAUCUAUACUGCUCAGUGAAAGGAUGGAGCUCAACAUGAAAUCACUUGGUGAUUUGAUUUGCUCAAUGGGAGCAAAAGUUCUGGGCAGCUGAGCCAGGAACACACUUAGGGACAUGGGGAGCUUCUCCCAAGGGAAAGACAGCAGUCACACCUCAACAUUUCCCUUUCUAAACAGUCUUAUAGUCACUGACUGAACCAGAGCCCCCAGCCAAGUCCCUCUCUGCCCACUUCCCUCCCCCAAGAGCAGCCGAGGAUAGCUCCAGGAAAAGAGGACUGGCAGGAAGAGCUGGGAUGGAUGUGUAUGUCAGAGGUGUGUGCACCAGGCAGGGUGGGAACAGACCAGGUAAGGCCUAAGGACCAGGAGGAAAAAGAAAAAAGCUUUUGCAUGUGAAGCUGGCUCUGCUCUCUAACCCCUUCCCAAAGGCAGCCUGUGUUGCAGCCCCUGUUUCUGCUCCUUGGCCCAGCCCCCCCCAGCUCUGCUGCCCCCCAGGCCUGUGCUGAGCUCUGCUCUCAGCUGGGAAAUGCUCCCCAGGGAACUUUUUUGCUGUCAGAGCAGCAAGCCUGCCUCAGCUUGCCACUGAAUUAAUACCCAAUGCUCACAGCCACUCUCUAGUGCAGUAUUUGUGUGUAUUCCUUACUCACUGCUUCCAUCUCACAGGUUUGUUUACUGAUAUUUUAAUACUGAUGUUUAUUUUUAAGAUAUAAAUAAAACUUAAAAAAAUUAUUUU